UUGCACACAGGGAAUGACUCUCGUCAGCAACGACGCACUCCAGCGAUUUAUACAAUAUAAACACAUUAUAUAAAGCAAAACCCCUCUUUCAUUUUAAAAUAGUAUGUAAAUAAUAGGCCUCCAUCUUUGUUAUACUUUUAAAAUGUCCCUAUAUAGCCUAUUUUAUAGCUUUUACACUGAUAUUAUCAAACAGGAAUGCGAAAUGCAUCCUGGGAUAUUUGACGGUCCCAACGCAGGCACACCAGUACAGAAAAGAACGCGAAUUGAGAAACAUUCCUUUUUACAUGGGCAAUUUGUGUAAAUAUGAAACAAUAUCAGAUGUUUUUGAGUUUGCGAUGGGUUUCCUCCAGCAAUUUAUACAAUAUAAACACAUUAUAUAAAGCAAAACCCCUCUUUCAUUUUAAAAUAGUAUGUAAAUAAUAGGCCUCCAUCUUUGUUAUACUUUUAAAAUGUCCCUAUAUAGCCUAUUUUAUAGCUUUUACACUGAUAUUUUAAAACGGGAAUGCGAAAUGCAUCCUGGGAUAUUUGACGGUCCCAAGUCGAUGGACAAAGAGGCAGACACGGAGUUCUGCCUCUGUCUAUCCGUUUAUUUGAAUUCAUAGAUGAUCGCUAGGCUAGCUAUUAUUCACAAGCCAAAAUCCAAAUCAUGAAAUAAAAGGUAUUUCCGAAUCCGUGUAUGGUUUGUUAAAUUGGAAUAUUCAAUGAACGAACCAUACACGGAGUUCUCUGCCUCUCUGUCCAUUGUUUGAUUUGAAUUCGCGGGCUUUUCCCAGCAUUCGUUGCGGUUGUAUCCAUUUUCAAGCAAACAAAACAAACCAACUGUAUUAUUCAGUCUACCCGUUUUGGACAUCCGUCAAUCUUAUCUUUUUUACUUUGGCGAGCAAGAAGUCAGGAGAUGUUGUCUGGUAUGAAGAGCAGAGAAACACAUCUACAACAUCUGUACAGGUGUGGGCGUGGCAUACUCCCAUGGUGCUUCGCGAGUUGAAUGACUAUCGUCAGCGACGCACGGCACGGCUCACUCUCUGAUCGGAUUUUCUCUGCUUGAGACAUCUUUGUUCAGAUAGACCAUUUUGCUCUCCUUUCCACGGAUUAAUAUUGUGAGCGGAUUCAUUCGAGUACGUUCUGUCUUUCAACUUUGCGGUUCAACCAAAGAACUUCGUUGUCAAGGUAAGUCCUUAUGAAAUGGAUAAUUAUGUUUAUUGUAUUAAGUUAGCAUGGUUGCUUUGGCGGUUUGUUGAUGCAGUUAUGGCAUAAGCUUUCUUCUUUCUUCGUGAGUGCCUGGUUUGUUGACAUGAUGUGGUGAUGGCGGCGUCUGGGCGGCCAUUUUACCUUAGAAAAGCUUUCUUUGUCUAAGUCAGUGAAAAACAACGUAAUCGUGCAGCUUAGUUGUGUAUCACAUCAUCAUGAUGUGGUGAUGGCAGCGUCUAGGCGGCCAUUUUACCACAGAAAAGCUUUCUUUGUCUAAGUCAGUGAAAAACAACGUAAUCGUGCAGCUUAGUUGUGUAUCACGGGUAGGCAACUAGCUACCCUGUUUAUUGUAUUAAGUUGGCAUGGUUGCUUUGGCGGUUUGUUGAUGCAGUUAUGGCAUAAGCUUUCUUCUUUCUUCGUGAGAAAAGCUUUCUGGUGGACUCUGUCAAUGUAGGGUUAGGGUUGUAGUUGUUUUGGUAGCGGCUAAAUUAGCAUGUCGCGAUACUACAGGGGAUCACGUCUGCGCCGAGUAGAUGCGCAGAGGGUUGAAACGGCGGCGUCUAGGCCGCCAGCCAUAUUACCACAGAAAAGCUUUCUGGUGGACUCUGUCCAUACAAUGCAAUGUGUUUUAAAUGCUGAAAUGUCGUGUUACAUUCACUUUUUACACGCACACAUCCGCCCAACAGUCUAAACUCUAUCUCUGUCCACCAUAUGCAAUGUGUUUUAAAUGCUGUGCUGUUGGUCAUGAAACGGGAGAUCGUCCGCCGUACCAACUCAAGAUGCCUCGUGCCUCGCGCGCUUCGGCUGCAGCCAAGGUGAGGAUGAGGACGUUUCUUCCGAUGGCAACGACUCUGGCUAGAGGCUUCCUCCCUGUGCGUGGCACUGGAGCACGUCACCGUGUCGAGCCGUGGCCUGUCUCUGCCCACACUGGGAAGUUCAACCGAUUGGAUCUCCCUCCUGAGUCUCCAGAUAAGCAGUUUGUGCUGUUUGUGGGCGACUCGCAUCUGCGUGCGUUGGUUGACCGUUACGUGAGGAUGCCAGACGGUUGCCUUUCGUUUGGGUUCCUGUCUACGCCUGGGGCGUCUGCCGCUGAGCUCCGCACUGAGUUGCUGAACGCAGACAUCCCCAGAACCCCCGACAUCGUUUGCUUGCUGGCUCCAAGCAACAACCUCACGGCGACGCCCGGCAUCGAAGCGGCUGGAGUUGCUUUCGAUGGACUUCUGAGAGCUGCCCGCAGUCGAUGGCCUAAGUUGUUUGUGCUCGAUUUCCCUCCCCGGCUGGCGAGUGAAUUGGCACCGCAACAAUUCCUUCGAGAGGAGUUUCGUCGCGUUGCAGCAAAGAGCGAUGUAAAGUACUGCGUCACAGCUGACCGCUUUCCGCUGGACUCACGUGCCUUGUGGAGUCGUGAUGGGAUCCACCUGAGUGACGAUCGGGGGAUGCCGCUUCUCGCGAAGCUUCUGUGGCACUUCUCCUUUCGGCAGCUACAGUCACCUCUGCCUGUUACACCUCCGCCUGUGUCUCCUCCCAAGUCACCCCCGACUGUGAGACCCUUUGCUACCACCGUGGUUGUGAAGGGAGAGGUUUCACGUCCACGUCCCCUUGACCCCUUCAAGGAAACUGUUGUCGGACGUCGCGGAAAGCGCAGCCAACCUGAGUCCUGGGAUGCGCCUGAGGACUGGGAUCAGUCUUCCGUGCGGAUCCUUCCUCAUGAGGUUUGUACAUUGGUUUGUGUGCCUCCUCUGGUCCUGAGGGAGUGCUUUGUCGUGCUAAACCCUAUCCGGUUUAGCACUGACAAGUUGGCUGCAAUGGAUCGCAUUGUUCCAUCCAACCUUGACGUCCCCAUGGGGAAUCGCUCAAAGAAACGGAAGGUGGCACAUGGAACCACGGCUGUGGUCUCCAAAGGAAAGAAGGCCCGCCUUGAGGCACUUCAAACUCCAGCAAGGAUUGCCAAACCUUUGAAGCUGGUACCUCCCCCUCGACCUGUGCCAGAAGCUGCUGUGCCAGCCACUCUGGAGGGCAGCGUCUUUGUGCCUUCGAGCAAGUUUGCUCAACCGGAGGUGGAUGACCAGACUCUGUGUGUUGAUGAGUGGCCGUUACUUCAAACAGAGUUUUGUGAGAAGGUGAACCAGCCAACUCCUCGGGUUGUCUCUGGACAGAGAAAACAAGAGGAGCUAACACCUUGGGGGCCAAAAGUUGUGAUGGCCCAGGCUGAUAAACCAACAGCCAAUGAGACCAGCUUCUUGGGAUGUUCAACCAAGAUGACACACAUUGAGGACCAUGAGCCGUUUGAACCAGCACCUGAGGUCACUGCGAGCAGUCAGCAGCAGAGCCCGCCUGAGGACAAUGGCCAGCUUGAAGAUCCUCAUGUAACACUUGCCAAUCAGAAGGUACUUAUUUUUAACAUGUUAUUCCCUGUUCCUUGUGAGUUUUCCUGCCAUUUAUUAGAUCUUGGAAAUUAGUUAAAG